AUGGCAGUUUGUAUAGUUCUCGCGACUGGAGUCUCGGCUCUCGAAACAGAAGUCAGACAAAACAUAUUCGAUGAGAAACUAUCUCCAUUCUUGGGCAUUCCAAAAGGAUUAUUGCCUAUUGGGGGAAUACCGUGUCUUACUUGGAUGUGGGAAGAGCUUGGACGACGUGAUAUGGGUUCAAAUACGUAUCUCGUUACCGAUGCGAGAAGCUUCAAGGCUUACGAACGCUGGGCAAUGCAUACCGGCUUUCCUCUACGAAAUAUUCUGAACACGGGCACUACCGGUGCAGAUCGUCACGCAUCCGUGUUUCUAGAAGCCAUGGAUUUAGUUAGGACGAGACUCGUUUCGUCGAGCUCGACGAAUAGUGUGUUGAUAUUACCGGCUGACUACAUUUUCGAUGCGGGUGACUUGCCGAAUCUAUGGGAGUCUGCUGAUAGUUGGUGCUGUAUGUCGGCAUCACAUGUCACUGUAUCUGUAUCAGGUCAUUUAGACACGAUGCAUUCAAACUCGAAUAUAUACGAGCCUGCGAUUAUAAAACUCGUUGGAGAAACAGCUGUGAAGCGGCUAUGGGAGGAUGUCGAUUCUCGCAUGUAUGCCGAAAUGGACGUGUCGACGCUGUCAUCUGGAAAUCAACUGAUGCGAAUGGUAUCUGGACUAUUAGCAUCAGUAAAGAUACGAUAUGUAGAUCCGAAUUCCCAUAUUGCAGCAUGGGAAUACAUGAACGAUGACUUGCCCUCAUCCACGUAUCUAAGUAAAUGGAGGGAUUUCGUACCAUCACAACAAACAACCGUCCCGCCAUCUAUACCACCAUCAUCAGCACCUAAAAUAAUCACGAAACGAGCAUAUGCACGUGUUGGCCUCAUGGGCAACCCAUCUGAUGGGUUUUAUGGAAAGACACUGUCAUUGCUUAUAUCGAAUUUCUAUGCUGAAGUGACGCUACGGCCUAAUGCAAACGUGGUUGAUGCGUCGGUUACGUUUAUUUUGAACCCGACUAAUGAUGCAUUCUCCUUUGGAUCACUCGGUGUUAUAUCUGAUGUUGGGGCUAAAGAUGGGUUUGAUGGAGCAGCGAGAUUAUUCAUGGCAAUGUCGAAGGUGUUUGUUGACUUUAUACGAAAAGAACGUCUGCCAUUAAGCAAGACUGGCUUCACUGUUGCCGCAGAGACUAAUAUCCCAAGACAAGUCGGCCUCGCUGGAAGCUCAGCCCUCGCCACAGGCCUCCUUCGCUGUCUCAUGUCCCAUCACUGCUUGACCACAACCCAAAUCCCACUACCAAUCCAAGCAAACUUGGUCUUGUCUGCUGAACGCGACGAGCUAGGGAUCGCUGCUGGACAUCAGGAUCGUGUCAUUCAAGCGUAUGGUGGCUGUGUGUUUAUGGAUUUCAGGAAGGAGCUGAUGGAGGGUAGAGGCUACGGCGAGUAUGAAAGUGUUGAUGAGGGGAUGGUGUGGGGGGAUUUGUGGUUGGCGUAUGUGGCUCAGCCGAAAGAAUCUGGAAAGGUCCAUAACAAUGUGAGAGCAAGAUGGCAGGAUGGAGAUCGAACGGUCCUUGAUGCAAUGUCGGCAUUCGCAUCUUUCGCAUCGCAAGCCAAAACAGCAUUACUAGCUGGUGAUCGACACACAUUUGCCACUCUAAUGGACUCGAAUUUCAAUUUAAGAAGAUCGCUAUAUGGAGAUGGUGUUAUUGGGGUUGCUAAUUUGCGGAUGAUUGAAGUGGCACGCAGUCAAGGAUUCGCAGCUAAAUUCAGCGGUUCAGGUAACGCUGUGAUUGGAUUGUGGAAGGGAGGAGAUGAUGCGGUUGAAAGAAUUCGUCAGACGAGGAGGGUGAAGCAGAUUUUGCAACAAGAAGGAUUUGAUGCGUCUGAGACGUCUGAAUUGACUCCUACUCAUGCUGUACUCUUACUCCCCGGAUCUCGUGGUGGUACGUCUGGUGUUGGAUCUAAAGACGGGUAUUGUGUCUUUGGACAUCAAGGUCAUGUUAUUCAGAGUUAUGGUGGCAGUGCAGUCAUGAUUGAGUAUAUUCAGAAGGUCCUGGAUGGCGGUGAGAGGACACGGAGAUCGUAA